GCGCCUUGGGCCUGGUGUCCUCUAGCGCGUUUGCGUGGACGAUGUUGAGCCUCACGGAGCUUUCGCAAAAGAGCGUAGAGUUGGCGGAGAUUCGGUCCGGGCCCCUGGGUCGCUGCAGUCACUUUUUUUGGCUCGGUGUCGCCUUCGACGCGGUGGGUGUGGCAGUGCUUUUCACUGGCGUCUUCGCCAACUUGCUGUUCUACGACAUGCUGCUCUAUCUGGGUUCCAUUAUCAUCUUCGUCAGUCUCCUGUGGUGGAUCUCCUGGUACACCGGCAACAUCGAGGCGCUCCCGGAAGACCCCUUGAGGGGGACUUCGCCCCGCGAGGCCGGGGUGCACCGCAGCGGCAGCGGUCGCUUCUCGCUGACCCUCAGGAGGGUCUCCAACACCUUUCAGCGGAUCCGCCGGCGGCGGCGGCGGCGACUCCACCCGCGGGUCGUCCAGGGCAUCAGUAGCAUCAGCUCUACCGACCCGGGCCAGCUAGAAAGGAACCGGAAGCCUGAGUCGGCUGUGAACCAGUUUGGUGGUGUCCAGGCCUCUAAGAGCCUGCCUCUGGUCCAUGUCCGUACCCCUCUUUCCAUUUGUACUUCUAGGAGCCAACCUGUCUUUUCUGCGACCUCGCAGAACUACCCUCUGGAGUCUGACAGCAAUUCUCGGAUGGCUUUUUCUUCUGACAGCCAUGUGCCUGUGGAUUCUCAUCCUCACCAGAGCUCUAAGAUCACUGUGACCUCUCAGAUCCACCCUCUGGAACGAACAGAAAGUCAGAGCCACCUUAUGGUGCCCCUGUCCUCUGACAAUUUCUCUAUGAUCUCUCAGAGCCACCUCCAGUCCUCUGACAGCUAUGUCUUUGUGCCUGUUGGCCUUCACUCUGAGGAGCGCUCUAAGAUCAGUGUGGCCUCUGGGAGCUACCCUCUGGAACGGGCAGAAAGUCAGACCCACCUCUUGAUGAUCCCUGACAGUUUAUCUCUGGUACCCUUGACCUCUCAGAGCCAAAUCCAGCCCUCUGUAUCCUCUGAAAGCCAUGUGCCUGUGGAUCUGACUCACUCUCAGUGGGGCUCUAAGAUCAGUGUGACCUCUUGGGUCUACCCUCUGGAACGGGCAGAAAGUCAGAGCCACCUCCUAGUACCCAUGCCCUCUCAGAGCCAAACCCAGCCCUCUGUAUCCUCUGAAAGCUGUGUGCCUGUGGACCUUCACUCUCAGGGACACUCUAAGAUCAGUGUGGCCUCUCGGGUCUACCCUCUGGAACGGGCAGAAAGUCAGAGCCACCUCCUAGUGCCUGUGCCCUCUGACAGUUUCCCUAUGGUACCCAUGACCUCUCAGAGCCAAAUCCAGGGAUCUCUAGCCCAACAAAGCCAUCUCCAAAAUCCUCCUCCUGCCUCUCAACCUCCUGAAACUGAUAAAGCUUCUAAGAGCCAUACUUUGGCCAAGGGUGUUCCUGUGUUGCCACCCGGGGUUGCCCAGACUCAGCACCCGCAGGCCUCUUUAGCCCAGACUUCUCAAAGUAUUUCUUCACCUGUCCAGAAGGUUCCUAAGAACUAAAGUGCUGAAGCUUUGGUGAUUCUCCCAGCACCCAGCUUGAAACUAACUCAGGAGCAACCUGACCCUUCAUCGCCUGUGUCUAAGGCCACAUUCAGACACUCAGUAGUGUGACCGUUCUGGAAACCCUUCAGCCUUGGGGACAGUGAGGAAAAGCCACCCUUUCUAAUAGGAAUCAGACACCAGCCAUUUGAAUGUCUACUAAGGGCUUUGCCAAUCCCUCCCAGUAUCGAGCGGCUUUCGUCCAGACGGGAAUGAAUGAGCCGGAGUCACCGGGCCGGCAGCGGGGAAGGCGCCCCGGCUCACCUCACCUCGUCACCCGACUUGAGCACGUCCUCGCACCAGUCCUUGACUGCGUGGUAGAUGUGCUGGAACUGGAGGAUGCCGUACCUCCACAAGUGGUCGGCAGGGCUGGG